AUGAUUGCGUGUUGCAGAAAGAGCAGUGUCAAAAUUCUACUCGUUAUUAUUGUACUAGUGGAAGCUUCGAUGGGAAUUGAUCCCUGCAGUCCAUGGGUGGUGAACUUCCAGACGUUGAAAUGUUACAGGGUAUUCUGCGAACGUAGAAGUCAACCGGAAGCUGAAAAAAUCUGUCAAGAAUACGGUGGUCAUCUCGCAACGAUUUGCAGUAAGGAAGUGAACGAUUUUGCUGCACGUAUGUCUACAUUUCAGUUUGUCUGCAUCAGUAAAAAAAGAGAUAAGAGCACAAACUCCUUGACGUUGUUCUUACGUUCUGGUUCGUCCGGAAUUGUAGGAAGUUUUGGGUGUCGGUUCGGUCUCCACUGUGCGUAA